GAGGAGAGGAGAUAACAUGACAGGACAGCGUCUUGAGAGGAGACGCCAGCGAUGAGGAAGAUAAGGACCCGACCUCCAGGCUGCAGCAGCCUCCACUUCUGCUGCGCGUAAAUCACAAGUACAAAUCAACAGGAGGACGCUGACUCUGGGAAACAGAAUGUCACAGCUGUAUUACGGCAAAACUGACAACUCCCCGUACAGGGACUCCAUCCCCCUGCGGAUCGUGAGGGCCGAGUCCGAGCUCUCUGCCCUGGAGAGGGCCUACUUGGUGGCAGUCGAGAAGGGGGACUACGCCAGCGUUAAAGAAGACCUGGAGGAUGCUGAGAUUUAUUUCAGGAUCAACAUCAACUGCGUCGACCCCCUGGGACGCACUGCCUUACUCAUUGCCAUCGAAAACGAGAACCUGGAGAUCAUCGAGCUGCUGCUCAGCUUUAACGUGUAUGUGGGUGAUGCCCUGCUGCACGCCAUCCGCAAAGAGGUGUUGGGGGCUGUGGAGCUGCUGCUCAACCACAAGAAGCGAGGGGACAAACAGGUUCCACCAAUCCUGCUGGACAGGCAGUUUUCAGACUUCACCCCAGACAUCACGCCAAUCAUCCUCGCAGCCCACACCAACAACUACCAGAUCAUCAAACUGCUCGUGCAGCGAGGAGUUUCCAUCCCUCAGCCGCAUGCCGUACGCUGCAACUGCGUGGAGUGCGUCUCCAGCUCAGACGUGGACAGCCUGCGUCACUCACGCUCCCGUCUGAACAUCUACAAGGCCCUCUCCAGCCCCUCCCUCAUCGCCCUCUCCAGCGAGGAUCCCUUCCUCACAGCUUUCCAGCUCAGCUGGGAGCUGAAGGAGCUCAGCACAGUGGAGAAUGAGUUCAAGUCAGAGUACGAGGAGCUGUCCCAUACGUGUAAACAAUUUGCAAAAGACCUCUUGGACCAAACCCGAAGCUCUAGAGAGUUGGAGAUAAUCCUCAACUACCGAGAUGACAUCAAUCCCCUGCUGGAUGAGAACACUAAUGAUCUGGCACGACUGAAGCUGGCAAUCAAAUACAGCCAGAAAGAGUUUAUCGCUCAGCCCAACUGUCAACAGCUGCUGGCGUCGCGGUGGUACGAUCAGUUCCCGGGCUGGAGGAGGCGUCACUGGGCAGCAAAGCUCAUCACGUGCAUCUUCAUCGGCCUCAUGUUUCCGCUGCUGUCCAUCUUCUACCUGAUCUCCCCAAAGAGCUGCUAUGGCUUAUUCAUCCGCAGGCCUUUCAUCAAGUUCAUCUGUCACACGGCCUCCUACCUGACCUUCCUCUUCCUGCUCUUCUUGGCCUCGCAGCACAUAUCCUCUCCACAACGGAACUUUCAGGGCCCAGCACCCACCAUUGUGGAGUGGAUGAUCCUGCCUUGGGUGCUUGGUUUUAUAUGGACGGAGAUCAAACAGAUGUGGGAUAAUGGUUUCAAAGACUACAUAGACGACUGGUGGAACCUCGUGGACUUCAUAAUGAACUCCUUGUAUCUUGUAACCAUUUCUCUGAAGAUCGUUGCCUAUGUGAAGUACAGUGGGAAAAAAAGCAGAGACACCUGGGAAAUGUGGCACCCGACUCUGGUGGCAGAGGCGUCGUUCGCCAUUGCCAACAUCUUCAGCUCACUGCGCCUCAUCUGCCUUUUUACUGCCAACUCCCAUCUGGGGCCCUUACAGAUCUCGCUGGGCCGAAUGCUUCUGGACAUCCUCAAGUUCCUCUUCAUCUACUGCCUGGUGCUUGCAGCGUUCGCCAACGGCCUCAACCAGCUGUACUUUUACUACGAAACAGAUGAGGGCAAAAACUGCACAGGGAUUCGCUGCUCCAACCAGAACAACGCCUUCUCAACGCUGUUCGAGACGCUGCAGUCGUUAUUUUGGUCCGUGUUUGGCCUGAUUUCUCUCUACGUGACCAAUGUGAAGCCAGAUCAUGAAUUCACUGAGUUUGUGGGCAGCACCAUGUUUGGCACAUACAACGUGAUCUCCCUGGUCGUGCUUCUGAACAUGCUCAUUGCAAUGAUGAACAACUCCUACCAGCACAUAGCUGAUCAUGCAGAUAUAGAAUGGAAAUUUGCAAGAACAAAAUUAUGGAUGAGCUACUUUGAAGAAGGGGGGACUUUGCCGUCUCCGUUUAACAUAAUACCCAGUCCAAAGUCCGUUUUUUAUCUGAUGAAAUGGAUAAAGAAAUGUUUGUUCAGGAAACUGAGCACGAAAAGGCUUGACACCUUCGAAACAUUGGGGAGACGUGCAGCUAAAAAUGUAAGAUCAAACCAUGAAUACCAGGAGGUUUUAAGGAACCUUGUGAAGAGAUAUGUGGCUGCGUUGAUCAGAGAUGUCAAAACAGCGGAAGGUUUGACAGAAGAGAAUUUCAAGGAGCUGAAGCAGGAUAUCUCCAGCUUCCGAUAUGAAGUCCUUGGAAUGAUGAAGGGUAAAUCUCAUAGAAGGGGAAGCUCCUGCUUGGCUUAUCCUGGAAACCCGUUCAUAUAUUCUCCCAAAUUCCCCAACGAUGAGCCGGAACAGAAGCUGAGCAUGUUUGAUGUGGUCACCACUGCCCUACAGAGCGGAGCUUCCGACAACACCGGCUCUGACAGGCUAUCCAACGGUACAGCUGUUAUGUCUGCUACAAGACAGACUCAGGAUGAGCUGUCCAAGAAUGUCUCAGAUGCUGGGUCUCAAAAAUGUGAAAAAAUGUCAUCGUCAACAAAAGAUUCAAAGGGAUCUGGGGGCAAAAAACGAGUUCAGACUGAGAAAGUGACUGUGGAGGUCAUCCAGAUAAGGCAGAAGAACAAACGCAAGAUUUAAAAUUCUCACAAAAACCGGGGCAUUAAGAAGGUGAAAAAUGGGCCAAAAAUAAAAAAUAAGUAAGUCAUUCAAAAAACUGAGUUGACAGAGGUGCUGCACAGUAGAAAACAAGAGAAGUACAAGAAUUGAAAGAGCAAACCCCGCCAUGUUAAGGAAAUGGUCCCCUAAAUUUCAAUCAAGCAAUUGUGCAUUUAUUUUCGAUUUAUAGACACUCAAAAACUGGUACAAAUUUGAGUUUUAAAUUGUAUGUCUACUGAAGAUGUGCUCUUAACCUAAUUGUAGACUUAAUGGAAAACUUACAAAACUUUGGGGUGGCUACAGCACAUGCAUAAUGGGCCGUUCCCCUCAGCCGGGACCAAGGGACAGCCAGGAACAGCUGGUAAUAUCCCAGAGUAUCUGAAACAUCUGGGAGUGGAGUGGAGCUAUGAGACGUGUUAGUGGAGCCAGGUCUUAAAAAAAAUGAAUAAAUGAACCUUAUGCUCAGUCCUGUUCUGGAGCAGUGCAGGGAUGAGGUGAGAUGGUGUCUCAGUGAGCGACAGUGUCCUGCAGCAGCUGCAAAAGAGACAGUGACGAAAACAUAUUAGUGCAACAUCUUUCAAUCGUCUUUUUUGGAGAUUUCAUUCUUUCUCUUACCAGUUUUUAAAAGAACAUAUAUUGAAAUAAACUCAUUUCUCAAGGUAAGGAAUAUUGUAGUUACCUGUCAUAUUCAGUUUAUUCCUUGUAUCCUGUCAUGUAUACAACAUAUGUUAUUUCACAAUAUAUCACAUGCAUUCCUUUCUGAAAGGAGGAAUAUGCCGACUUGAUGCUCAGGGAAUUUGACUCAGGUCGGUAAUUCAUGAUUUACUUUGAGCAACUAAAUCCAAAGAGUGAAGACACCCUGUUGCCUAUCCUCAGCUCCUGUACCUUGAACUGUUCUCUUACUGCCAUAUGCAAAAAUUACUCUGUUUCUAAAAAAAAUAUUACUCCGCAUACACUGGCAGUAUCCAAUUUUUUAUUGAUUAUACAGUAAGAAAGAACCCUGAGUGAAAACAUGUUAAUUUGUAUAUGUGUGAACUAAUUAAAUAUGUAACUUGGAUACAUUAUCCAACUGAUAAAUAAGCAAAGCAACACCAGGCUAAUUAAAAAAUGUCUCAUUGGUGGAACCUUUACUCCACAGCGAUCUCCUUUUCUAGAGUGAGAAAAGUUUUGUUGCAAGAUUUAUUCCUCAACCUCCGCUAGUAUACUUUACAACCUUAAAUGCAUAAGAGCCCCGUGGCAAUGCGCUGCUGCUGUUGAACAAACUUGUGACAUGUAUUGAC